AUGUCGCGCUUGGACUUUGAGCGACGCGGACGCGAAGCGGAUUGGGACUGCGCGCACAGCGCGUGCGAUGCGAGGGAUAAACGGUCGGGAUACUCGGGUGUGGCUAUAUACUGGCGAUCGAGGGAGACGUGUCCGGUGGCGAUCGAGGAGGGUGUGUGCGGGACGCGGACAAAGGCGGAGAGCGCGAUUUGGCCGAACGAACGACCGCCCUUGGUGGACGAAGAUUACGCACGGGCGAAGGCGUUGGACGACGAAGGCAGAGCGAUCUGGGCCGAUUUCGGGGAAUUUGUUUUGUGUAAUCUCUACGCGCCGACGACGUACGGCGCGGUGGAUGAGAAGGUUGCGGAACGAAUUGAUUUCAAGAGAGAUUUCUUGCGCGCGCUCGAGGAACGGCUCACGUCGCUGCGCUCCCGUGGUCGCCGCGUCAUCAUGUGCGGGGACUGGAAUAUCGCACCCAACUGGAAACUCGAUCGCGCGCACGACGAUCCGCGCGCCGUUGAGCCGAAGAAUGAAUCUCGAGAGUGGUUGACUCGCGUGCUAGGUCAAGACGGCAUGUGCGACGUAUUCCGCGAAGUGCACCCGAACGUCAAAGCGUUCACAUGUUGGAACGUAGCGAGCGGCGCGCAAAUUAACGAUUACGGAUCGAGGAUCGAUUAUUUCCUUUGCGACAGAGACACCCUCGGGCACGUCCAAGGCGUGGGCGUGGCGCAAAAUUCGAAGGGACAACCGCCUCCGUUGGCGAUGUCAGUGCUUUACCCGGGUCGCCAGACGACGGUUAUCGACCACUUUGCUCCGUCGAAGGUGAGCGGAACCACUGGAAUCUCCACACUGGAUGCCGAGGACAUAUCGAAAUCCCGAGCGCUGAAACGCGCCCCUGAACCGCCGAAACGAAAGGUUGCCGAAACGACGUUGAAAGACUUCUUCACCGUCAAGUCGUCGAAAAAGAAAAUGAACGAACCCGUCACGCCCGGCGAGUCAAAGUCUGUUGACGCAGAAGUGAAUGAUCCCGACGUGGAAACGACCGUGAAGAAGGUUAACGACUACGACGCGCAAGCGGCGCUUUGGUCAAACACGCUCGCCAAGAUGGCUCCGCCCAAGUGCGCGGGACACGGCGAGACGUGCAAAGUCCGCGUCGUGAAGAAGCGCGAAAGUCCACACUUUGCUCGCGUCUUCUUCUGUUGUCCCCGGCCGGCUGGUCCGCGCACGAAUCCUGCCUGCGACUGCGGAUUCUUCGCUUGGCGCGACGAUCGACGAAGCAAGUGA